CUUUUGUGUCCCGGGGCCUCGUCACAUCUACGCCCCGGGGCCCCGGAACAUGCAUGGCCCGUCGGAAGGCAGGCCAGCCUUCGGUAAAGGUAGGAAGGCGGGGGGGCCGAAGCACAGGCUGGCGCGUGCAUGGUGAAUAACGUUUGGCGGUGGAGGAGAUAACGGGGCCCGCGCCGUGCUUUUCGCGGAAACGGGAAACGGGACACGCAACUUGAUUCCAGGACCCAACCUGAAUCCAGUCAACUUGAUUCCAGGGUCCAACUUGAUUCCAUUUAACUUGAUUCCAGUUACCAACUUGAUUUCAACAAUUUGACCAACUUGAUUCCUUGGACGUCCAAAGCUCCUCGUGCUUCGCCAACUUGGAAACAAAGCUCCUCGUGCUUCGCAAUAACUGGAAAAGGAUAAGACCAUGACGAGGAUCAUGCACGCCUCCGAGGAUCAACGUGAAAAAAGAAUCUUAGCCCCAGAUGGCUUGGGCAGGCCUGCAAAGAUCUCUGAACUGUUUUUUUCUACUAAUUGGUUUAACAGGCGAUUUUUUGCCGCGAUGAACCUUUUUGCCGUAAAGUGCUAGAUCCUGUUUGAGGACUACGAGACACCUAGAUUUUACGUCGACGAGUACCGUUUGUCAACAUGAUUUUGCCGCACAACUCUAUAUGUUUCUUCAGUGCCUAGGAAGUCUACCAUCGACCAUGCGAGACACCUUCGUUGCAAGUAAAUACUUUUUGUUUUUCUACUUUGCUUGUGAAAGAGGUAACUGACGGACCGCAGCUUUUUGAAUUUGAAUCUGGUGCAGAUAUAGAAAUAGGCCGAUUCUUCAUCCUCUUCAUCUUCUUCUUUCCCUGAGGGUGAGGUGGACCAGCCACAUUGGUGUCUUCAAAAUAUUAAGUGGCGGAGGAAACGAUAAAAGCGUAGAUAGAAACAUUCACAAUGCAAGAAAUCGAGCGCACGCUCCAGUCCAAUGUGGAGCAGGUCAUCGAGCGGUUCUCCAUUAUGCAAGAAAAGAAUUGAGUCUGAGUGUGUGUAAGUCCGUCAUGUCGCUGCAUCACAUCAUGCAACACAGUUACGCCUGUCAUGUUGGCCAUCCAUGAGCAGCUCUUUGUCUUGCUAUAAACUUUGUCAUGCUGUCACUCCCAGAGGACACCUCCUACAAUCACACAAUUUUUUUCUUGGAUAUCCAUUGCCUCCGUGCCAAUACAAAAGCAAGGCCUGGAAUGCUCGCUGAACUGUUUCCAGAGCUUUGAGGCAAAAAACUACAAGGACAUAGGAAACUGUGUGGAGAAGUGCCAAAAGCCGUUUCAGGAACUCGGGAGUGUCACGAAUAAAGAGUUUCAGGGUAUAGAAUAUUAAUUUGCCAAGCAAGAAUGGUACCAGAAUGGGAGUCUGUCAAUCAUGCAAAAAUCGCUUUUUAAAUACAAAAAAUCAAAACUCUAUCAGGUCUCCAGCGGGGGGUGCAAACGUGUCAACAAUCCUGCAUGGACGUGAUCCAGCCACAGCUCGACGCCAUCAGGUCGGGGCUGCAAAAGCAACCAAGCGAGGCGGAGCAGAAAUAUCCUGUGCAAAAGUAUCGUACUCGUAUAAAUGCAAGUCUUGUGUAUCAGUGGGGACGGAGCCCCCGUACUGUACGGGGCCCCCAGUACAAACAGGCACCUGCAAACAAAUUAUGCUAUUGGAAAACAACCGAAAUCUGCAUUUUUUAUACAAACGUAUGUGCCGCCAAAGGUACCCGGUCGCACCGUACAGGGUUACCAAAUACACAGGCCCGGCGGGAAUCUCCGGGGGCCCCGUGAUUAACAGGUCAGUUCCUUUUGUACAGGACCCAAAUCUGCAUGACGACUAUCUAAACGCCGCGCACUGCCACUGCGCCCGUCGUCGCUAUUUCCACAGGCCUUCGUGAGCACGACGCCGCCAUAGCCAAGCACGUCGCUCGCCUAGAUAUUUGAAGCUAUUUUGCCUUCACUGCCCCGCCCUGCUCUGCAGCGCGCGUGUGCCUACUCACAUCAAGUCGCGCGCGCGCGCGCUAUCCACUCACAUCUUCCAGCCCUGACCUCAUCUCUUUUAUUUUCGCUAUUUUCUAUACAAAUCCGUGUUCGGAGGUGCCCGGUUGCACAGGGCCGUCCGUCUUCUCUUUUCUACAAUUUCGAUCUUUUUUUGUACACUUUUCGUGUUUACUCAUGUACAUUUUUGGUAUAAGAGGGCCCGUACCGUCAGGGGUACCCGUUUGUACAGGUUCACUUGCAUUACAAUUUUUUUUCUUAUCGUAAAUCCGCAUUACAAAUUAUAUUUCUCAUGCCAAGCAGGAAAUUUCAAUUUGUAAUGCAUUUAUACGAGUACGAUACUUUUGCAAUGUAUAAGAAAGUGAUGCAGGCAAAUGUCGAGCAGUGCGCGUCAAAGUGCAUUACCGACCACGGGAUUGGCAAGUUGACCGAUGUGGAAAGUAGGUUGAUGGGCUACAUUAAAGGGUUCAGGCUGAACUAAUGAUACGUGUUAUUUCCACGAGGAAAAAUAAUGACAGUCAUGAUGCGCACUUCAACUUCUUCAAGAGCUAUACAGUUAUACAGCCUAUUCAUGACGGAAAUAGGAUAUACAUGCAGCGACAAUGAAAAAAGCGACCUAAUUUAUUUUCGUUCACAGGGCAGUGACGACAGAAGGAGAAGUAGAAAAUGAUGAGACCACAAGCGAAAUGUAGGUACUCUACUACUACUUGACAU